UACAGCAAAAAAGUCACAGAGGAAGGCGCAUUUUCAGUGUUUAUUGCCAACUCGAUCAAGUGAGAAGAACUACUCCACCAAAAGCUACUAUGGCUGCAGAGACCAAGCCGGAGACAUGGGACAACUACCAGGUGUUCUUGAGCUUCAGGGGACCCGACACUCGCCAGAGUUUCACCGAUUGCCUCUACCACUUCAUGACCGAUGCUGGGAUUCGAGUCUUCAGAGACGACGAUGAGCUCUCCAUUGGUCAGCCGAUCGAUACGAUCCUGUCGGCCAUCGAGAACUCCAAGAUAUGCAUGCCUGUCUUCUCUCCAACCUUUGCUUCCAGCCCGUGGUGCCUCCGGGAGGUGGCUAAAAUGGUUGAGCUCAGGAAGGAGGUCGCUCCAAUCUUCUUUGGUGUGACGCCUGAUGAUGUUAAGCUCCGGACUUCGGUGUAUAGAGAUUUUAUGGGGAAGCAUGAGCUAAAGUAUGGGAAAGACCAGGUGAAGCAGUGGGAGGAUGCUCUUAAAGAGGUUGCUACGAUCAAGGGACGCGAAUUAAAAGAGAAAGGCUAUUAUGAAUUCAGUAAAGAGCUCACAAGAGAGGUUCUCAUUAAGCUCAAGCCCAACAAGAAACAUGUGCCCAGCAAUUUAAUUGGAAUGGAUGACCAAGUCGAAACUGUGCUGAAGCUGUUGGAUACCAAGUCAAGUGGCAUCCGCUGUGUCGGGAUCUACGGGAUGGGUGGCAUUGGAAAGACAACUCUUGCCGAGAUUCUCUUCAACAAACUCUCAGCAACUUUCGAUUGCUGUGCCUUUCUUCCAGAUGUUCGAGAAUCCUUGAGACGCAAUGGGUUAGAGCAUUUGCAAAAAUCUCUGCUUUGGAAGCUUGAACCGAGAUUAAAAGACACAGAUCACAUCGUUGACCCAGUCACGAUGAUCAUGGAGACAUUUCGAAGAAGGAAGGUGUUAAUCGUUCUCGAUGAUGUCGACAAGAAGGAACAGAUUGAUGGUCUUGUAGGGGAGGCCGAUCACUUUGGUUCAGGAAGUAGGAUAAUUGUUACAACUAGGGACAUCAGGGUAUUGCAAAUUGGAGUUGAAGAAUUUGAUGAGAUGUUCGAAGUGAAGGAAAUGACUUUCAGCCAAGGUCUUCAACUCUUUAGUCGCCAUGCUUUUAGAAGAGACUCCCCCACACAGGACUUUAUGUCUCUUUCACAACAAGUUGUUAACUCUUGUCAAGGACUUCCAUUAUCUCUCAAAGUAUUCGGCUCAUUACUAUUGGGAAAAGACGAAAGCAUGUGGAUAGCUACAAUCACAAAGCUGGAGAAAGUGCCCGACCAAAAGUUUCUCGACAAGCUGAAGAUCAGUUACGAAGCCCUCGAGCAUGAGCAGCAGCAAAUAUUUCUCGACAUUGCUUGCUUUUUCAUCAACACUCAAAAAUCCCAUGUGUCUUACAUGUGGGACACUUGUGGCUUUCAUCCUGCUACAGGACUAGAUGUCCUCGUUUCUAUGUCUUUGAUUAAGAUUGAUGAAGAUGAUAAACUGCGGAUGCAUGAUCAUCUCAGAGACCUUGGAAGAAAAAUUGUCCAUGAAGAAGGACUGCAGUAUCCCAGAAAGUGCAGCAGGUUAUGGGAGCAGUGUGAGGAAACGAUGAAGAUACUGCAAAAUAAAGAGGGGAAGGAAGCUAUCGUAGGGCUCCGUCUAGAGAGACCUCAACCCAACUCAAUGGAAGAGGUGCUAGCUGGUUUACACAAUGUAAGGUACCUGUCAUUGGAAGCAGCCAAAUUCAGCAAAAGGUUCAAGCAUCCUCUGCCAGAGUUAAAAUGGUUGUCAUUGCCACGAUGUCCUGCAAGUUUUAAUCCUUAUCGAAUAAACAUAAGUAAGCUGGUCAUUCUCGAAUUGCCACAUAGUUCCAUCAGCGAGAAGUGGAAUGGAUGGAGAUAUAUUCAGAUGGUGCAUUUGAAAGUUCUUGAUCUCACAAACUGCAGCAAGUUGACAUGUACACCGGACUUCUCUAGGACCCCGAACUUAGAGAGAUUGACGCUUUCUCAGUGCACCAAUCUUGCUGAGCUUCAUAGCUCCAUUGUUGAGUUGAAGAACCUGAUGUACCUGGAUCUCAGUGAUUGUUUUUCACUUUGUAAGUUGCCUGAAGAAUUAGGUAGUUUGGAGAAUCUGGAGCGACUGUCUUUGCAUGGUUGCACGACGCUGGAGAAUCUCCCCAAUUCACUUGGGAAACUAACGUCAUUACAUGAACUAGAUCUAUCAGGUAAACCGGAUCCACAGGAACAUAUCGUGAAUUUGGUUUGCUCAAUACUGUCCGGGAGCACAAGUUCAAUGGAUCAGCAUUUGGAUCGGUCCUUUCUGUCAAAUAUCUAUGAUCAACCAAUUAUGCGGCAGAUUAUAUGUGCUAAAAUGAUGAUCAAAGGUAUGUGGAGACCUUUCCAGACACUUUGUCUAGAGAAGCUUCCCGACACAUUCAGCCAUCUUAAAGCAUUGACUAAGUUGGAUAUAUCAUAUAUAUCUAUGUGUCACUUACCAGACUCAUUUGGAAAUCUGGAAAACCUAAUAGAACUAAAUGCAAGAUGGACUUCCUUGAGGGUGUUACCUAGAUCGAUAGGAAUGUUGAAAAAGCUUGAAAAGCUUAACUUGGGAGGAAGUACAUCAUUGCUAAAAAUUCCUGAAGAAAUUGGAGGUCUCUCUAGCUUGAGAAUGUUGAACUUGUUCCGUACAGCAAUCAGACAGUUGCCGUCGACAAGUACUCAGCUUUCUUGUCUCGAAUCUCUAAAUUUAGCUUGUUGUUUACUUGGAUAUCUGGAAAACUCUCAGCCUAAUUGGAUCAGUGAACUAAGUCAUCCGCUUGAGAAUGCCAACGCUCUACCGACCAGCUUUGUUGGUUUGUCUCAGCUCGAAAUUCUCGAAGUAUACUGUGAACACUUGAAAUGCAUCCCAAUGCUGCCAUCCAGCUUGCGGCGCCUAGUUCUUGAUGAAUUUAAUCUUGGUGUGAUACUACCAGAUAUAUCCUGCAACAGGAAUUUGGAAUAUCUGUGUCUCAAUUUUUCUCAGAAAGUGUUGAAGUACGACAAUUUCCCACAAUUACCAGUAAGUUUGAGGGAACUGCGCAUAUUUUCUCCUGCUUCUUUGCCUGAUCUAACAAAUCUGAAGGAUCUCCGGAAGUUUGUGCUAGCGGGAGGAGCGUCGCUAAAAGAGAUUCAAGGGAUUGGCAAAUUGGAAUCACUAGAGGAGCUAGAUAUUGGCGAUUGCAAAUUCUUAGAAUCACUGGAGAAUCUAUCAGAGUUGAGGAACCUAAAACGUCUCAGUAUAUUCGGUUGUCCGAAACUCAGGGUCAUUGAAGGACUUGAGAGGUUGCCCCUAGUUCAGAAAGAUGUGCAUCUUGGUGACUGCAAAUGCGCGGAAUGUCUGCCAGCAGAGAGUACUAGCCGGCCGGAAUGUCUGCCAGCAGAGAGUACUAGUAGGCCAUCAAGAAGGAGACAACUCGUAUCUUUGGUGGUUUCUAAAUUGGGGAUCCCCCAUUCGGAUCUUCCAUCGUGGAUUCAACAAUAUUUAGAGAGAAAGGGAACUGAUGAAGGUCACAGAUCGUUGAUUCGACAAUAUUUAGAGAGAGAAACGGGAACUGAUGAAGGUCAGAAAAGAGAAAUGUAGAUCGAGCAAGCAUUCGGGUUCUGAUCAAAUAAGGUAUUGUCUGCUGUAGCAGGUGGACAACACAAAGAUGGAAGGAUCUGGUUGGGAGCUUUCGAGGAGCGCCAAGUAUUUCUUCAAGUUCAGCACUCUAGUACUAUUCCGGCAUAGGAGAGCACGAGUUUCUCCAGCUACUUCAUGAAGGUUAUCGUGUGGUGGUUGCAUUUACUGUUAGCAAGAAGAUAGCAAUAGGUUUUCCUGGCGAAGGAGGCGUCUGAUUCAACAGUGAGACAAGCGUACCGGCUCCAGCAAGCGCAUCAGGGUCUGCUGCAGACAAGACUUCCACUUCUUCAAGACCAAUUUGCCUCUUAAUCAGAUCCAAGUUCUCCCGAAGAACUUCAACCUCUCUGAAAGGAAGCUUCAGAUCCAGAGCCUGAACCCUGAGAGCAAUUGUCUCAUCCUUCUUGAACUUGAACUACAAGAAGGGCAGACAGUCCUUGUGGUUAAAGUCGCCGAUGCUCUGCCUCAGGGGUUCAAGUAUUUCUCUGUCUGGUGCAAAAGAUGGGGUCUCGCUGUUAUACUUCUGUUGCAGUAUCCUCAAACACUCAGCUUUCCACCCAUCAAAAUGCUCGUUCACAUAUAUCAAUCCUCUCAGCCUCUGUUCGGUUAGUGCUGUAACAAGGGCAGCUUCCCCAUUUCCUCUCUGUGAACCCAAUAGCUGCUUCUGAAGCAAGUUUCCUCAUCAAUUUAAUUGAGUCCUGCAAAUACUUAUUUGCGCUCCUCAGGGUCAGAUCUGGAGCAUCAGCAGCAGGUCACCCAGCUUUAAUCACAAAACCUUCCUUCUUCAAAAGCGCCAGCCAAACAUACUCUGCAUAAUGAGGGCAGAAAGAUGCAAUGAGCCGUGUCUGCACGUCCAUAAACCACCACAGGAGAAUCUGUACCCGUCCCUUGCAGCUUGAAGAUCAUAAAAGCCAGUCUUGAGAGCUUCACGGAACAUAUAAUCCUGAUAUUGCUGCGCGGACAUUCUGACUGCAGUGUUAAUCUUGUCCAAUUGUCUAAUCGAGCAUCAAUUAUAAGAGAAGACCAUCCUAAGGGUUCGUUGCAAUGUUGAAUAUCUGUAGAUUCACAUACCUGCAGACCAUCAACAAGAACCACAGGCUUCAAAGAAUCGUCUUUAUAUCGCGUUAUCGAGGACCUCGUUUUUAUAUGUUUCGGGUCUAUUUACUUACUUUUGAGGGACAUUUAAACGUUCAGUUUGCAAACACAUGAUCAGCAAAAGUAGAAGGUUGGCCCAUCCUUACAGAAGAUUCUGCAGCUAUAACUUCUUCCAUCCAAGUGAGAUCCUUCGUGUGUCACAGGAUUGCAGCAUUGCAGUACCAGAUACAAAAUAGGCAUCAUCCUCGCCAUCACCAGCAUCGGCGAGAGAAACUCUAGUGGCAUCAGCUGAAAAUCCCUCAAUAGCCUGUCGCGCAGUCUUAAAAUUUCCAGUCUGUUUGGACAUUCUUCUCGUUAUUCAGCAUGAGGAGACCGUUAAACCUGAAGCCACGAGGCCAAUGGGGCUUGGACAUGAUGGCAGUGUGAUUGUAUAUGCAGAAUGUCAAAUGGUUCUGAAUGAGAUCCUUGCCCGAGACUCUCAGUUCAAAGGGGUACCAGUACUCAAACUCCUGCUUCAUUUGAGAGGACUGAUGAAGGAAUAUCGGAGGAUUUUGGGUAUGGACUGCCACAUAAGAUAAAAUCUCAGACUUCGUCGGUCAUCUGUUCAGGCUUUAUCAGUGGGCUUGAGCCAUACAUGUCCCCACCAUGUCGAAGGUGGGCUACAGUGUCAUAAGCCAUGUAAAUAGUAGUCAGAUAGAGACUCCAUGAGAAACUGCUCAUCCCAAGGAAUGCGAGUUCCGAGCCCGAAAGAAUGCGAGCAAGCCCACUGAUUAAGCCAACUCAAUGUAUGCUCAAAGCCAUUCCUUGUUUCAUCAGAGUACAAAUUCAUACUCGAUACACACUCCCCUGCCAUUUUUUUUUCCACUCGGGUUCACUGUAGGUGAUGUCCCACAGAUCUGUCAAAGCCACAACACAUUCAUCACCUGACCUUGACAUGACUCGCUUCUCCGGUUCACUGUACAUAAUAGCCUGAUCGGUCUCAA